AUGCCUCUCGGAGUCCUCUCAAAGCUUGACCACUUGAAAGCCAUCGGCAUUAUCACUGAGAAGACACUUGGAUAUUAUUCACCAGUAGCCCUUGUUUUCAUUGACUUCAAAAAAACGUUUGAUAUGAUAAUUGCCCAGCAUGACUGCAAUGACAGUGAAGCUCUUGAUGCGUUGAAUACAUACGUCUACAAAGCAAAAGGUUGUCAUCAAACCAUCAGCGAUCAUGAGCAAAAUCAGCAGGCGUCGCCAUGGCACAAAGAGCUUUGGAAAAUGCGAGCAUUUCUUACGGAAAAUGGAAUCGGUGCUUGGCUUUCUUCUGCAAGACCAAAAAUUUUCACAAUGAAUUCGGUCCAUUACGAAGCUAUAGCACUAAAACGAUGGACACCACCCACCAGCCGGCAUUUCGGGAAAGAAAAGCAAAACGCUAUGGGAAGACGACAUAGGAGGAAUUGUGGUGACGCUCAACCAUUAAAUGUGAAUGAACAGAGAAAAGCAAGAAUUCACGCUUAUGGAGACGACUCAAACAUACAUAUGCAGUUCGAAUCCUAG